AUGGACAGGGGAACAGACCCACCCGCGGCUGUACUGGCGAAAUGGGAAGCACUAGAUGCGCUGGCCGGCUUGCUCGGGAACAUGUUUACGCAUUCGAUUGGUAUGGCGCUCUCCCCAGGCACGCGCGUCGGCUUUGUAGUCGUCCCAGAAGGCACAAUCAACGGAGGGUAUGUUGUUGACUUUUCCGUUGGCCAAACAGUGCUCGUGAGGGUAUUGGUGGCAGGGCGACAUAUCGAUCCAAGAGCUGAUGACUUGGUGGAGCAGCUCUCUUCGUCAGCCCAGCCGGGCGAUGUCAUAGUCGUUCCUUUGGCGCAUAUAAGACGACAUCUUUUUGCGUGCGAUCUCCGGCCACAGACUGGAGAACGUAUAGAGCUGGAGGGAGGGAGGAGUGGCUUUGUAGAGGCGGUGGAUGAAGCGUGUCAGCCUGAGGGACACCCGCAAGUCCAUUUCCGCGAUAGAAUUGCCCAGGCGACAGGCGUUGCUCCAGUCUCUUCUGUCCGCAGACAAUUCAUCCAAGGUGACCUAAUCCGUGUUAUCCGAGGUGCCCAUCGCUCGGUGUGCGGUGUCGUGACGCGGAGGAUAUUCUUCAACGGCAAUUUUCGAUCUGUGGUGGGCUUGGAGUUGAACGUGAGAAGGGACUCCGGCAAUGGGAUCUUGAAACCGUUUCGGUCCUGUCUGCUGACGCAGCCAUUAUAG